GUUUUCCUUAACCCUAUCAAUACAACCUGCUUCAGGCAUCUCCAGCUACAAACCAAAACUUGAUCCUAAAUAUGGCUUUCCGAUGGUUAGUUGUGACCUUAGCUGUGGCAUUAUGUUGUGUGGUGGUACCUGUUUACAGUCAAAUUAGCACUCCAUGCACCCCAUCGAUGAUAACUACCUUUACUCCAUGUUUGAACUUCAUAACCAAUAGCACCACAAACGGAAGUUCUACACCGACCUCCGAUUGCUGCAAUUCUCUCAAAUCCAUCACAAGCAGUGGCACAGAUUGUCUCUGCCUAAUUGUUACAGGCAGCGUACCCUUCCAAAUUCCCAUCAACCAGACCCUUGCCAUCUCUCUGCCCCGUGCCUGUCGCAUGCCGGGUGUGCCUCUUCAGUGUAAAGCUGCUGCAGCAGCUCCUAUUCCUUCGGCAGGGCCAGCUCCAUCUCCAGGAAGUACUUCUACUGUACCAGAGACGAUCACACCAACCUCAGCACCUGAAUCAAAAACAACACCAACUUUGGCACCACAAUCUGAUAUGACACCGGACUUAUCACCACCAUCUACCAGUGUGGAUUCUGGAAUACCCACUACCAAUCAAGGGAGCCGUCCCACCGUAACACCUUCAGCUGCUGCUUCCAGUUAUGUCUAUUCACCAUUUAUUCUAGCUGGGACUGGAGUAACCUUCAUAGGGUAUUUCUUGUUGUUCUAGAGCCAAGAUUUCUUAUGUAAUCACGUUCAUAUGGUUUAUGAUUACACUGUAUUUAAAAUUAUUCGUUGAGUAAUAAUUUAUAUAUUGUUUUAUCA